AUGGCGCCUCUGAAAGAUUUGCUCAAUCACGACGAAAACGCCGGUUAUCUGUCUUCUCCACCCAGUGAGGACGAGCGAAAAUACUGGGGCAGAUCGAGCGGCAGCGCUGAAUCCUCUUCUCCUUCUGAAGUUUCAGGCUGUGAAAGUGACACCGGUGGAAACCUGGUGUGCGAAUGGGACCAGUGUUGCCAAAGAUUUGCCGAGCCCGAAUUACUGUACCACCACCUGUGCAACGAUCAUGUGGGUCGGAAGUCUCAAAAAAACUUGCAACUGAAAUGCCACUGGGGACAGUGCACCGCAGAAACAGUCAAGCGGGAUCAUAUUACUUCGCAUCUCAGAGUUCAUGUACCUCUUAAACCCUUUGCGUGCUCCACUUGUGCAAAGAAAUUCAAGCGGCCUCAAGACUUGAAGAAGCAUUUAAAAGUGCAUUUUGACAAUGACACUAUCGUCAGACGCAAGAGGGGCCCCAAGCCUUUGACCAACAAAGUGGGCAAAUCCAAAAAACCAGCUUCCGAGACCGCACCAAAGCUGCCGUCAAUUACAUUCGAAUCGUUCCUCGCUAAUGAGAUUCACCGCUAUGAACCCUCCUACACUCCGCAACUUGAAGAACGUCUGCAGACAAUCAUGUUACCUGCAAGCUCUGCAGUCGGAAAUCGUUCUACAGAGUUCGUUUUCGGUCAACCUCUUCCCCCAGCACCACGGCCUACUUCUUCAACCGUAAGCGUUUCCCCGCAUUCGGUCCCUCAAGACUUAAGAUCUGCGACAGGCUUUUUUUCAAGUUUGGCUAACGAUAUGAGUCGCAGAUUACCCCGUCUACCUCACUUGAAUUCUGUUCCCACGGCGGCUCCUGUUUCUCCACUUAUGCCAUCCUCUGCUCUCCCAAGAUAUCCAUCAACACUCCAACUCCCCCCUAUUCAAUCUGGUGCCCAGUUUACUACUUCGGCCAAUUACCCGCCUUCGUGCGCUUAUCCCCCAACUAUUCCAUUUGUCUCUUCUCGAUUGGAUUCAUCAGCUAAAUUGCCACAAUUCCGUCGUGCAGAUUCGUUCAGUAUGCAUCAAAAGAACUCCGGUGGAAAUGACCAGACCUCUGACCCAAACGAACUCGGGGGUAUGUUGUCGGCGUUGGCCAUUGAUAAUAAACAAGAAGAGCUUGUUGAUGCUUUGUCCAGGGUCAAUUUUAUCAGAGACUACUUGAUGUGCACUCUAUUGGAGGAGGAAUACGAAGAGGAUGAAUUUGAAGACACUACUAAUUACAACAUGGAUGUGGCCAGCGAGGGACUCCUCGUGACAAAGCCGUUGGCCAAAUAUCCAACGGUAGUGGUGUGA